CAUCAGCAAUAAAGAUUAUGGAUCAUCUGAAAAAACUAAGUACUGUUCUGUGUUUUCUGCUCGUACAGUUUGGGGUUGAAGGCAGAGGACUUUCGUAUAGUUUUUACCAGAAAUCAUGCCCCCAAGUUGAGGACAUUGUUCGAGCUGCCCUUGGACCCAUAUUUCUCUCUGAUCCCAGCUCCCCUCCAGCUUUCUUGAGGCUCCUCUUCCAUGACUGCCAAGUUCAGGGCUGUGAUGCUUCCAUCCUUGUCGAUCCAGCUGAUGGGAAAAUGCCAUUGGAGAUGGCUUCAAGCAAGAACUUCGGAGUGAGGAAAAGGGAGUCGAUCAGCCUCAUUAAAUCAGUGGUGGAAGCUCAAUGUCCUGGUACAGUUUCUUGUGCUGACAUCCUCGUAAUGGCGGCGAGAGAUGCGGUUGCCUUCUCCGGAGGGCCAUGGAUUAAGGUCCCGUUUGGAAGGAGGGAUUCGUCCCGUGCUACCAGCUAUAAACUAGCGGAUGCUUUACUCCCUCCGGCGAACCUCGACGUCAAUGGCCUGCUUCAGAUCUUCACCCAGAAGGGAAUGACCAUAAAAGAAGCUGUUGCCAUCAUUGGGGCUCAUACCAUAGGAAUAACGCAUUGUUUGAAUAUUCGGGAUCGGCUGCAGAGGCCAGAAGGAGGUGGCAGGGCCAGAGGAAUGGAGCCAGGGUUCGAAGCAUUCCUGAGGUUGAGCUGCCCAGAAGGAUCUUUGAUCUCAAAUUCAACCUUUGUUGUGAAUGAUCCAAGUGCUUUUACCUUUGACAAUCAUUACUAUUCUAACGCAAUGCACGGCCGUGGCAUACUGAGGGUCGAUGCAGAAGUGUCGUCAGACUCAAGAACAGCUCCGAUUGUGUCGAGCUUUGCAGCUGAUCAGAGUGAAUUUUUUCGGGCUUUCGCUUCUGCCUUCGUGAAACUGUCUGCUUCGGGUGUUCUAACUGGAAAUCAGGGUGUUAUUAGAAAGAGCUGCAAUAGAUUAAAUUGAGAAGUUACAAGCUGGUAUGUAUUCUUGGGUGCUAUGUUCUGUGUAGCAUGCUCAAUGUUUAGUAAGAAAUGUUUAUGUUUUGUGGCUGAAACUUCUUAAAAAGUUCAGAAAUCUCUUUGCUUGUGGUA